CUCGCCAGCCUGGAGUCAGCAGCGUGCCAGGAGCAGCGGCUGGGCGAGCUCGGGCGGCAGACCGCGGCGCUGGAGGCGCGCUGCCAGGAGGCCGAGGUACAGCUUCGGCUCGUCGCCGCCAGCGGCGCCCCCGGAGCAGAGGAGGCCCCCACCGGCGGCCAGUCGUUGGAGCAGCUUCUCGCCUGGCGGGCGCAGCUGGCGGGCGCCGAGGGGCAGCUGCGGGAGCUCCAGGGGGCGCGGCGGGCGCUCGAGGCGCCGCGAGGGCGACGGCCUCGGCGGCCACGAGCACGGCGGCGGCGGCGGCGACGACGACGAGUGAGAGCGACGG